CAUACAGGGCAAAUCUGAUCCAGUAAAGUAGACAGCACGCGCACUACAAGUCCAUAUUCUCACUUUUGGAUACUUCACACAUACACACGCACCCUGCACCCAGCAUCUCCUGGAGAAGUAGGGCACCGUCCUCCCCUGACAAACCGACGGAGUGUGCAUUAAAAAGAGAGAUAUAAAGAUAAAAAACAAACACGGAAGAACCGCAUCCUCGCUGCGGGAGGCGAUGCCGUUUCCACACGGACCCAAGUCGAGCGUGCGGACCAUGGACAGCAGCUGCUAAAGAGUGAAGGAUGCAACCAAGCAGACAUUUCUGAGCUUGGAAAAGAGUAAACCCACUUCAUGUGACCUUCGGGAAAUGAAUAUGCUCUGCAGUGACGCAGUCCAGGAGCUGCUAUGGAUGUAGGUCCAAGUAGAAGAAUCAGUACCUUUGACCCAACAAAUCAGGACAGUGUCCAGACACAAAGUAAUAAGACAGAAGUCAAUACACAAAAAAAUAAACUUGCAUUAAAAGAAUUGCCGUCAACCUCAUAACAACAAAACACUUUUAUGCACAUUUUCUUUUUAUGUAUUUAUGACCUUUUCCUUUUGGAGUAAUGACUGUGGCGAAGUUAUGGGAUGUUUUAACCUGACCACCGGCGCUGCUAUUCCAUGUUAACACUUCCCACCUCUGAACCCACGGUGGUCCCUUUCCCGUUUCUCCGGACCCUCAGAAAUCCCCUUUUACUCACACGCCUGCCAUGCGUGCACACGUGGGACUCCUCUACCUGCUGGUGCAUGUGCUGGCAAAUGCAAGAGGGCAGUAUGACUUGUGCAAGUCUCUCGUGAGCACGGACGAAGGCGCUGUGUGGGAGCAUUACGCGUGCCAACCCAAAGCCCAGGCCAUGAAGGAAUACAUGCGCAUCCUCGUCGAGCCGCCAGGCGUCACCUGCGGGAACCCACCUGAGAGAUUCUGCACUCUGGAGAAUCCAUACCUCUGCAGUGAUGAAUGUGAUGCGUCUAACCCUGACCUGGCUCACCCGCCGCAGCUGAUGCAGGACCGCGAGCGCAGCGGCCUCAUCACAUACUGGCAGACGGUCACAUGGCGGCGGUAUCCCGAGCCUCUUCAGGCCAACAUCACCUUGUCCUGGAACAAAACCCUCGAACUCACCGACGACAUUCAGAUCACCUUCGAAUACGGCCGUCCCACCGUCAUGGUGCUGGAGAAGUCACUCAAUUUUGGCCGCACGUGGCAGCCCUACCAGUAUUACGCCGAUGACUGCUGGGAUGCGUUCAACAUUGCGCCGAGACGAGCACGCGAUCUGACCGCGGCCAACGUCACGCACGUCAUCUGCACAGAGCAAUACUCACGCUGGGUCGGGUCCAAGAACGAGAAGGUAGUGCGCUUUGAGGUGCGUUCCCGCUUCGCCAUCUUCGCCGGCCCGAGGCUGCUGAACAUGGAAGGCCUGUACACGCGGAUGGAGAGCAUGAAGGGUUUACGAGAUUUCUUCACGUUCACCAAUCUCAGGCUCCGCCUCCUCAGACCCGCUCUCGGAGGAACGUACGUCCAGAGAGAAAACCUGAUGAAAUACUUCUACGCCAUUUCUAACGUGGAGGUGCUGGCCAGGUGAGAACACACAAACAACUGAAG